ACGUCGGUUGAUAAGGAACCUCAAAUUUUUGUAGUUGAUCAAUAGUGAACGAUGGAGCGAGUCCACUUUACAGUUAAUGGGAUUAAACAUAGUGUGGGAUGCGAGGUGAGCUCGGACGUGACGCUGCUGGAUUAUGUCCGCGACAAGAUCGGGCUGAAGGGUACCAAGUACAUGUGCCGCGAGGCUGGCUGCGGCGCUUGCGUGCUCAGCGUGCGGCGCGGUGAUACACCAUCCUACGGAGUCAACUCGUGUAUGAUGUCCGUGACUUCAUGCCAUGGCUUGGAUAUCACCACUAUCGAAGAUUUGGGGAACAGGAAGAAAGGCUACCACGCGCUGCAGACAACCCUGGCGGAAGACAGUGGCUCCCAGUGUGGGUACUGCUCACCUGGCUGGGUCAUGUCCAUGUACAGUCUUUUGCAAUCAAACCCAGAUAUCACAAUGUUGGAAGUCGAAAGAUCGCUUGGCAGCAACGUCUGUCGCUGCACAGGAUACAGACCGAUCCUUGACGCUUUCAAGAAAUUUGCCAAAGAUGCUCCGAGACAAAUAACUCUCCCUGACAUUGAAGAUCUUCACAUCUGCAAGAAGACAGGCGAAGAGUGUGAUAAGAGUAACUGUGAGGAGAGUGAGUGGUGCUUUGUGGAUAAAGAAGAUAUUAUUGAAAUUAAAUUGAAAGAUGGGAGACUUUGGGUGCGAGUGCUAUCAGUAAAAGACAUCUUUAAGAUUCUGACCAGAGAAGGCGAUAGUUCCUAUAUGCUUAUUAAUGGGAAUACCGGAAAAGGUGUUUAUCCAAUUGAUGAGUAUCCUCGGCUUCUUAUUGAUAUAAGUGGAGUCCAAGAACUGAAAGGCUACGUUUUAGAUCAGAACCUAAUAGUUAAAGCUGGAACAACACUCACUGAGUUUCUACAAAUACUUAAGACGGUUGCUAAAAAUGAAUAUUUUGAGUACUUGCUGAAAAUAUACGAACACGUUCAGAAGGUCGCACAUAUCCCUGUUAGAAAUUUGGGGUCCAUCGCUGGCAAUCUCAUGUUGAAGAACAAAAAUGCAUGGUUCGUUUCAGAUAUUUUCGUACUUUUAGAAACAGUUGGGGCUCAAGUCACCAUACAAAUAAGCUCUUUGGUUACGAGGACCCUGACAAUGCAACAGUUUCUGAAGACGUCUAUGAAGGGACGAGUUCUUUUGAACGUUAUGCUCCCGCCGUUGAGUAAGGAGCACAAACUAGUUACCUUCAAGGUAAUGCCUCGCUCAGACAGUGCCCGUGGAAUGAUAAAUGCUGGCUUCUUAUACAAAAUGAAAUCAACCACUAGCAACAUAGUCGAUAGCGCUAGGAUUGUGUUCGGCAACAUUUCACCAACAUUCGUCAGAGCCACUGCCACGGAAAAGUACCUGAAGGGAAAAAACUUGUUCACAAAUGAUACAUUAACUACAGCAUUAAAGACGUUGGAUAAAGAGCUGGUGGUUGAAGAAAAUCCGGGAGAACCACCCGUCGCGUAUAGAAAGCAAGCUGCGCUGGGAUUGUUUUACAAAGGACUCUUGAAGUUGGCUCCGGAAAAUACUGUGAAUCCCCGCUAUCGAUCCGGAGCCAUCAAACUUCAUGACGAGCGGCCUUUGUCAAGAGGAUAUCAGUUGUUUGAAACGAAUCCAGAAAAAUGGCCCAUUAAUAAACCGGUUACCAAAGUUGAUGGUUUGAUUCAAACAGCUGGUGAAGCUUUAUACGUAGAAGACCUGCCAAGAUUUCAUCAAGAAGUGUUCUGCGCUUUUGCACUCAGUACCGUUGCUCUUGGAGAUUUGGUUUCAAUUGACUCUAGCAAAGCUCUGGCAUAUCCCGGUGUAAUAGCUUUCUAUUCCGCUAAAGACAUCCCGGGCGCGAAUACUUUUACGAUGCCCGAUCAACUGUUGUUUGGUUCGACCGAAGAAAUUUUAUGCAGUGGUGAAGUAAAAUACUAUAACCAACCUAUCGGAAUCAUUGUUGCCGAGUCUCGUCACAUAGCUGAUACAGCUGCUAAAUUAGUUGUCGGUGAAUAUACUAACGUUAAAGAACCUUUGAUUGAUAUUCGUGAUGCCAAAGAUGAUCCAAACAGAACGACAGCAGCCAUGACCAUGGAGGCUACUGAUAGAGGUGAAGAUGUUGUUAAAGAAAUAAAAGGACUAAAUUCAAUUUAUGGACAGUACCAUUUUACUAUAGAGACCUUGGUUACGGUUGUUAACCCCUCGGAUCAGGGAUUCGAUGUGUAUAGCUCAACGCAUUGGAUUGAGGGAGUGCAGAUGAUGAUAUCGAAGGCAUUGAACAUAGACCAAAACAGGGUUGAUGUACACACUCGUCGUGUCGGAGGCUCUUAUGGACUCAAACUGUCUCGUGCAAAUCAGGGAGCAAUUGCCGCGGCAUUAGUUGUGCAGAAAUUAAAUAGACCUUGUAGGUUUAUACAAUCUUUGACAACCAACACCCGGGCCCAUGGCAAGCGCUUACCAUGUUGCUCAGAAUUCAACGCUGGCGUAAAUAGCUCGGGUCAGAUCCAGCAUAUAGACUACAAUAUCUACGAAGACAAUGGAUACACAGUGAAUGAACGGUUCUCGUUAAUUGGCCUUGAAGUGUUUAAUAAUGCCUACAAUAAAUCAAGGUGGAACUACAAAAGCUUUGACUCAACAACCGAUACCGCAUCAAACACUUGGGCAAGAGCUCCAGGUACGUUGGAAAGCAUCGCUAUGGCAGAGCUUGUCAUGGAGCAAAUUUCAUAUGAAAUGAAUUUAGACCCUAUAGAUGUAAGGCUCGCUAACUUAGACCAAGAAUAUGAAAGUUCUCUUAAGGAGAUGCUCGACACCAUUCUCUUUACCGUGGUGAUGGUACCGUUGCCAUAA